AUGCGUCUUCAGACUCUUGCCCUUCUGGCCGGUGUCGCUGCGGUCUCCGCUGACACGGUGAACCUGCUUCUGCCCGGCUUCCACGGAUACGAAAGCAAAAUUGCUGCUAAGGAGAUCGGCGAGUCUGGCGAUACGGUUACCUAUCUUGUCACCUGUGCCGACGGCGUGACCAACUGCGGUAUUCCUAGCUCGGGCAUGACCGCCAUGUCGGCGCCGACGUCGAUGCAGCUGAUGUACUCCUACUCGACUGCCUCGGCCUCCGUGUCCUGCAACAUCGCCGGCCAGACCUAUGCGCUGUGCUCCGCCAUGGACAUCGCCAACGGUCAAACCCACACCGGCGGCAUGUCCACCCUGGACUCGAAGGAUCUGAACUGGAUGCCGGUCACCUGCAGCACUACGCCGACCUCAACCCCAACUCCCACUUCGACUCCCACUCCCAUCUCGACUCCGACCCAGACCCCGACGAUGACGCCCAUGUCCACCCCUCGGUGGUCCACCAGCUCUGUUGUCCCGUCUAGCUCUGCCCCGGCCUCGACUCCUCUUGUCUCGACUCCUGUGGCUCCCUCGGGCACUCCUGCCCCCCCUGCCAAGACUACGACGCCCAACGCCGCUCCGGCGCUGGGUGCCUCCAACAUGCUGGCUAUGGGUGGUGCGCUCUUUGCGCUUGCCGCUGCCCUGGCAUGA